UCUACUUGGACCACAACUCUUCUUCUUCCUUCUUCCUUCUCUCUAAAAACUCAAGAAAUUUCCAUAGAACAACAAUUAUGAUGGCUGCAAAAGAUGAUCAUAAUCUUGGUUUAAGCCUUGGAUUGAGCUUCGAUUCUCAUCAUUUACAGCUCAAUCUCAUGCCUUCUUCUUGGAAUAACGACGCUUCUUCAGAUCGGACAUCGGAAACUGGCAGAUCGCUUCUCCGAGGCAUAGAUGUGAACCGGAUGCCUCCGUCGUCUUCGGCAGCGGAUUGUGAAGAGGAGGCGGCGAUGUCGAGCCCCAACAGUACGGUUUCGAGUGUGAGUGGGAAACGGAGUGAACGAGAGAUGAACGGUGAGGAUCUGGACGGCGAUAGAGCUUGUUCUAGAGGAAUUAGUGAUGAAGAAGAUGGAGAAACUUCUAGAAAAAAGCUUCGGCUUACUAAAGAUCAGUCCGCCGUCUUGGAAGAAAGCUUCAAAGAACACAAUACUCUCAAUCCUAAGCAAAAAUUGGCGUUGGCGAAACAGUUGGGUCUCCGGCCGAGACAAGUGGAAGUUUGGUUCCAAAACAGAAGGGCAAGGACAAAAUUGAAGCAAACGGAAGUAGAUUGCGAGUUUCUGAAGAGAUGUUGUGAGAAUCUAACGGAGGAGAAUAGGCGGUUGCAAAAAGAAGUACAAGAACUGAGAGCACUGAAACUUUCCCCACAAUUCUACAUGCACAUGACCCCACCCACCACUCUCACCAUGUGCCCCUCAUGUGAGCGAGUUGCGGUCCCACCCUCCACGUCAGCCCAGCCUACAGUCACACGAAUGGGCCAGGCUCAAUCUCAGGCCCACCACGCUCGGCCCAUCCAUAUCAACCCCUGGGCCUCCGCCAUCCCGGCCCGGCCCUUCAACGCCCUCCACCCUCGCUCGUAAAUACCCCUUCCCCACCGACGAGGGCAACUCCGUCUUUUCACCUACGUUAGGAUCCGGUUGUUGGGCCAGGAUUUGGUGGGCCUUUGUGUUUUGUAAUGUUCGGCCCAUCUUAUUAUAAUUAGGGUUGAGUAGUUUAAUUUGUGUUAGCGGCAAGCAAUACCCUUUUUUUCUUUUUCUUUGUAAUAUUUUAGGGAAAAUGAAGUGGGGGAAAAAAAAAAUAAUUAUAUAUAUAUGGGGUUGGAAGGUGAUAGAAAAAGGGGUUUUGAGUUGUAAAGUGAAGUAUGAGAUGCCUAAUUUAAUUUAAUUUUUUUUU